UUAACCAAUCGGAGAGAAGAACUAGGUCGUUUCCAGGGUAACGGGGUCGCGCCUGGAAAUGGAAAAGCUGCCGCCGCUUAUUAUAAUUCAUAUUCAUACAUAACAUUUCGAGCAAAAAAAAAAAGCAUGUUAAUUUUACACUGAAAGAAUGUUUAAUGUCGAAGUUGAAAGGAAAAUCUUCAAACCAAUGCGACUGUAACAGGGUACAGGCGAGACGUCAGCGGCUGCUUUUCAAAAUAAUGAAACAAUAAGUAUAAUUAUAGUCAUAUUUUGCGAUGUUGAAACAACCCCGCUUACCCCCGUGUUUGGGAUCGUGUACUGUUGGAGAAAGCAGAACUAGAAUACAGAAAUCCAUCCCAGUCAGGGUUGAAAAGGGGUAGGGAAUCUGUGACUAAACCACGGACAAGAAGUCUGUUGAACUCCCGGUGAAAGAGCAGGCCAAGAUGUUUGAUUCUGUGUUUAUUCUGAGAUGUCAAAGACUAGGAUACGCUUUGUCCCGAACUGCAUUGCAUUCCUAAUUGAAAGAUGAAUAUCUGCAGCAAGAACCCAAACCGGACAGCCCCUGAGAAUGAAGCUGGGACGUCCCUCCCGGCUGACCUCUCCCAGUGCUCCAGGACUAACGGCUGGAGCUGGCCCCCGCACCCCUUCCAGCUGCUGGCCUGGCUGCUCUACAUCUACUUCGCUGUCAUCGGCUUUGGCAUCUUCAUCCCUCUCCUGCCGACUCAUUGGGUGCCUGCAGGAUAUAUCUGUACUGGCGUCAUGUUCGUUUGUCAUCUGUUUGUCCAUCUGACUGCUGUCACUCUUGACCCUGCCGACAGGAAUGUCAGAGUCAAGAACUACAGAGGCCCGGUUCCAGUGUUGGACCGCACCAAGCAUGCACAUGUGAUUGAGAACUGCCACUGUUACCUCUGUGAGGUGGAUGUGAGCCCCAAGUCCAAGCACUGCAGUGCAUGUAACAAGUGUGUUGCCAAUUUUGAUCAUCACUGUAAAUGGCUGAACAAUUGUGUGGGCAGCAGGAAUUACUGGCUUUUCCUGAACAGUGUGAUUUCAGCCCUUCUCGGAAUACUUCUUGUGGUCAUCAUCGCCUUGUAUGUGUUUGUUGAGUUCUUCGCAGAUCCGACAAUGCUGCGCUCCGACAAAUACUUUCGAGCAGUCAGAAAUGAUUCUGGCAUGUGGUUUGUGUUCCUGCCAGUGGCUCCAGUGCCGACGACGGGGCCCGCGAUCCCUGCUCUGGCUGCCAUCACUAUCGCUCUGGGGCUUCUCUCCACCAUCCUGCUGAGCCAUCUGCUAAUCUUCCACAUCUAUCUCAUGUGGAACAGAUUAAGUACAUAUGCAUAUAUCACGCAUCAGCGCCAUCGCCAUGAGGCCAUGAGCAGUGACGAGCAGGACGAGGGGAAGGAAGCUGUACCUCCAAAAAUGAAUCCAAUAAAGGAUGUUGGUUACUCAGGGACUGUGGGGUACACCAAUCCUGAGCUCCAGGUGCAAGAUCCUGCUGUAAUGUUAGCAUCAGGAAAAGACAUAUCGAAGCGCUAUGGAAACGGGAUCCUGAGGAAGUCCAGCAGCAGUAAAGCAGGAGAGGAACCCUGUCCCACCUUCUCCAGCGAGCAGCAGCCAGCCAGCUGGGCAAGGACAAGCACACAGAAGAGAAAGAAGAAAGUGCAUAAAGUGCCAGCAGAAGUUAUCAAUGACAGGUCGCUGGUAAACAAUUCAAACAAACUCCCAGGAGUGUCUCCUUCUGAUCCAGGACCCCCGUUUGGUGCUCUUACCGUUGCUGCCUCCCAGAGUCUCAUGCUUCCCAUCCCAGCCUUUCCUCAAAGAGCCUCUCUACCUUCCCUGGUAGCCAGCGCCACCCCAGUCCAGGCCGCGGGGCCCCCUGCUGACUACCACUCUGAUUCUGCAGAGUCCAUGGACGAGAUUCCCGUCGCACAGACCCGCCUCGGCAGUGCUGCUAUGGGAGGAUACACCAGCCACCGCAACUCCCAACAGAACCUGCUCUCCAAACCUUGCCUCUCCCCACAGGACCACCGGCCCCUGCGGUCUGUACCCUCCAUGCAGCCCAGAGCCACAAGGAGCAGCUUGAAGAGUCCCCUGAGCACGGAGCAGAGAUUCAAGCUGCUCCCUCAGCCCCCCACCGUGUACGUGAGUAAGAGCAGCGGGGACUGCAGGGCCCCUCGGCGCUGGGGUAACCCCACCGCAGUGGAGGAGGGCUCCCCUGGACACAGUAAAAGGAAAAGGACCAGUAAGGAAAGCCACAAGCACGACAGCAGCAGAGACAGGACAGGUACAACACUAGCGUGAACAGGACCCAGUGAUGGGGGAGGUUACUUUCAGAAAGUAAUCAGCUACCAGUUACAGUAAUCGGAUUACAGUAAUGCGUUACUCCCCAUCUCUGGCAGCAGCACCACUACUGAUCUGCAGAUUAAUAGUAAAGCUGUGUUUUUAAAUAAAUUGCAAACAGAUUUUUUUUUUUUUAAUUUUUAAAGAAAAAGUAAAAUACAAAAAUGAUAAAUCAGCUGUUGAAAUCCUGAGAAAUUGUGUAAAAAAAAAAAAAAAUAAUAAUAAUAAUAAUAAUUGUAUUUGAUCAUAAUUGUAUCCCUUACCCUGUAAUAAUGGUUAAUAUUGAUUAGGUUACAAAGUUAUCUGAAAUGAUUUCAACUAAUAUUAUCAGUUACUGGGGCGAGAUACUGAGAUAGUAUAUUUCUUGAUAUACUCUGUUCAAUGCCAAAGGCUAAAAUGUGAUGGGAAGGAAGUACCAUAUACAGCACCAGUCUGGUCAAGGUAAGCCAGCUGAAAAUCCCCUUUCUCUUUUCUAUUGGUUUGAUUCCUUAGUGUUUUGUGGUAUUUUAAAUAGUGACCUCGGCACCUAUAUAGAUGAACCACCUGUCUGUAGUGACCCCACCCUCGCACAUCUCGAUAGGCUGAACAAUUUUACAUUGUGUGUGUGUACAGCAGCUAUACCUCUGCAGCAGUACACAUGAGUACACAUGUGUUUCUAAGUCUGGUUUGUGCCAUAGUGAAAGGAAAUACCUUAUCAUUAAAGACUUUUGAUUGCUGGCUGUGUAGGGAAUGCACCAGCCAGGCACACCAGCUUGUAAUUGCUUCAGUUCUUACAAUCAGUUUAACCUCUCAGUGCAACAUUUUUUAAAUGUCAUAUCCUUUUUAAUUUAAAUGAACCAAUUUUAAUAUUUAAAAU